AAUAGGCUAUAUAUUAUAAAUUAGCCCUAUGAUGUCUAUUCGACAAAUUGCAACGUUAUCGGGACAUGGUGAUAGAGUUUGGGGUGUUCACUGGAAUCACACAGGAAAGCAUUUGGCGUCUUGCAGUGGCGACAAAAGCGUGCGAAUUUGGGGGCUGGAGGGUGAAAAAUGGGUCUGCAAAACGAUUCUUGAAGAAGGCCACCAGCGUGCAAUACGGAGGGUUGCUUGGUCCCCUUGUGGGAACCGUUUAGCGACCGCAAGUUUCGAUGCAACAGUUUGUAUUUGGGAUAAAAAAUCAGGGGAAUUUGAAUGUAUUGCAACACUUGAAGGACAUGAAAAUGAAGUCAAAGCUGCAGCUUGGUCCAUUUCAGGGUCAUAUCUGGCAACAUGUUCUCGGGAUAAAUCAGUCUGGGUUUGGGAAACCUAUGAUGAGGAUGAUUUUGAAUGUGCAGGAGUCGUGACCUCUCAUACCCAGGAUGUAAAAGAAGUAGUAUGGCAUCCUAAUGAAGAUAUUUUUGCUUCGGGUAGCUAUGACGAUACAGUGCGGAUUUUUGAGGAGGAUGACGGGGAGUGGGUUACUGGUGCAGUGUUAGAAGGUCACGACUCCACCGUGUGGUCAAUUUCUUGGGAUAAAUCCGGCGAUCGAUUAUCAACAGUCUCAGAUGAUAAAACUUUAAAGAUAUGGAAACGCUAUAAAUCUGGCAACCCUCAAAAUAUUGUGACAGGGAGUUCAAAGUAUUCAUGGAAAUGUAUUUGCACUCUUUCAGGAUUUCACGAAAGAACGAUAUUUUCCGUUGACUGGUGUCAUCAAACGGGACUCAUUGCUACAGCGUGUGCCGAUGAUGCUAUUCGAAUCUUUAAAGAAGAUGAGAAAAGCUCUUCUGAUGAACCGACUUUCAACCUCUUGUGUUCGUAUAAUCACUCUCACGCGCAAGAUGUAAACUGCGUGUCCUGGAAUCCCGCUCAGCCGGGAAUCCUCGCUUCAGCGAGCGAUGACUGUGAAGUUAAAAUUUGGAAAAUUGAUGAUGUUUAAUCUUUUUAUGAAUUUUAAUUCAUAACCUAAUGGGAGAGUGGAGCCGAUAAGAGGGCUUAAUGGGUGCUCCCGAAGUAUGCGAACCAAGAUGGGCGGACAUCGGAACGUAACAUGGGUAACAGGUUAUGGUUAGGCGAUAAUUUUUUUCCAAUUUUCCUUAUUUUUAUCCUAUUAUCAGUUCGA